AACAUAUACUUUUGCACACUUGUACAAACUCUGGUGCAUUAAACAAAAAGCGAAUUAAUCAUAUACGCAGGUCAUUAAUACAUUGCAAUAACGUCAACUGUGCGCCUUUACUUAAGCCCACCUCGUAAAUCAAUACAAAAUUAAAGAACAAUAGGCAGCUCCUACCAAUAGAGUGCAGCUCGCAACUCAUUCAGCAAACAAAUCGUAAAAUAUGGUCAAAUUAUUUAUACUGAGCGUUUUCUACAAGGGUGCCACCGAAGCGCGCCUGUUGAAAGCAACAGCAGACCUGGGCUCCUUCUCCUUUUUCCAACGUGGCACUGUCAAUGAGUUCAUGACCUUCGCAUCGAAGACAAUUGUAGAGCGCACACAGCCCGCAUUGCGGCAGUCUGUCAAGCAGGACGCCUACAUGUGCCAUGUAUACGUGCGUGCUGACAAUCUGGCAGGCGUGCUGAUUGCUGAUCAUGAGUAUCCGCAUCGCGUGGCCCACACACUUAUAACAAAGAUCUUAGAUGACUUCUCGGCCAAGGUCUCAGCUGAUCAGUGGGUCAACGGCAGCGAAUCAACAAUUGCAUUUGAUGCGUUGCCCGCAUUUCUGGCCAAGUAUCAGAAUCCCAAGGAGGCUGAUCCGCUGACCAAAAUGCAAACCGAUCUCGACGAGACGAAAAUUAUACUUAAGAACACAAUCGAAACUGUGCUGGAGCGCGGCGAGAAGCUGGAGGAUAUGGUUGCCAAGUCUGAGCAGCUAUCCUUAGCCAGCAAGACUUUCUAUACAACAGCGAAAAAGACCAACUCAUGUUGCAGCUUUGCUUAAACCGGAUUCCGCAUUCCGGACACUUGAGUAACACACAAAAAUCGUAACUGAAACACCACAAGAAACCGUGACGGCGCGUCAAGGGCUUAGAAUUUGUAUGCUUGUUUUAUAAAAAUAAUUAGUUAAUUUUACAAUUAAUAUACAUGUAUGUGUGUAUGUAUUUGUGGCGAAUGUGUUAUAACUGUGACAAACUUUGUCUACGAUAUACAACCAAAUCAUACAUUAAACAUAAAACUAUAUACAAAUUAAUUAUACGUGUAGUAUAUAUACUAUAUAUAAAUAUAUUGAUGUAUGUGUCUUGAUGCUUGUAACUAAGUACAUAACUUAUGCCUAACUAUCACUUUGUACUUCUUUCAGUCUUUCUGUCUGUUCUCCAUGUUGCAAUUCCUUUCAACAUUGAACAAUUUAUUAAGAAGGCACUGAACAAAACUGCCAAAUACUCAAACAGUCCCCAUAUUGUUGCUGAGCUAAAUAAAAGCUAAAAUAUUAUGAACGCAUGUGAUUGAAGUGACUAAUUUGUUUAA